AUGCUGCCAAUUGAUGGCUUGCUUGCAAUUUUAAUCUAUCUCGACAAAACAAAGCUCUUUGCCGACCCCCAGAUUAUACAGAGCCAUAAGCACUGGGGGUUUGUCCAACACAUCCGGUUCGCCCUGGACUGGUACCGGGAGCGCCUUAUUAGUGUCACACUUACACAAGAAUUGCCGGGUCUUGAGGCUCUACUCAGAUCCUUCCCUACCCCUAUGAGCUUUUAUGAAGCAGCCAUCUUCACUUUUCGCAAUACCUUGACUGGCCCAAAGCCAGAAUCUUUGGACGCCGUUAUUGCGCUAUGUAUCUUUUCGCAUGUUACUUUAAGCUAUUUGCGCCAAUUGCAUGGAUCAGUUGACUGUGAUCUAUCUUUUGACAGCAACGUUUGGCGCGACACAAUUCAAGACCUUGAACAUCGCCAAACUUUCAGCCGUCUAAUUGAGAUUCUUUUCCCGGAGACACUACCGCUGGUAUCAUGUCACGCCUCACAGCUGCUUCCCCCAGCAGGGGUCUUAGAUCUUCCCAGCAGCACCCCACAUCAAAACGAGGCAGCUGAAGCAUUACCCCCUACCAUCUUUACCAUAGAGGAUGAUUUAGCCAUCUACGACAUGCUUGACAGUUUCUUGGGUUGUUCCGAUGCGGUAGAUGCAUAUCCUGCAACGCCUAGUUCCCAUGCGAUGGUUGGUGUUGGAACCGCACAUCAUACUUCAAGUCUUGCAGACUUACAAGGGUCAGCAAUUAUGCUUAACAUAACCCGCUUUCUAGAAGAAUGCGGGGAGUCAAUGCUCAUCUUCUCUGGUCGCGGACUGACAGCAAAGGACUUGCGCUCCUGUGUUGCCUUCAAUCAGCAGGGGUUCGCGACAAAAAACCUCAUCACAACCUCUUUUAUACAACCUCUCCGAAAGUAUGACAUUUGCAAGGAGCCAUCUAUUUCGGGAAUUCUUUCCAUUGUGGAUAGAUUCGUCGACCUGGGCUACUUGCAGACCAUUGGCGAAGUUCGAGAUUACAUGCUAUUUGUCGGAAGGGAGGUUUUAGCAAGUGACCAGACAUUUCCCGAGUUUUGCCAAACAGUGUGUGCCAUUAUCCGUACGGACACGGACACUGGUGGCAUGCCCGUUCCCCCACUACGGCCGGGUAGGAGAGGCGGCUUGCGGAAGCCAGCACGAAAGAAGUAA